GCAACCACUCUGGAUGCGGAUGUACACAGCCGGGUCCAUUGCAAAGUGGUUUGGUCGAAGGGUUUUACCAUACUUAAUGUACCAUACAAGUUUAGGGCAGUUAUAUUUCCAACAAUAAAAUGUUUACUGCACUAGACAAUCACAUACAGUUGAGCACAGAAUUGCUCAUGUUCGAUGUAUUAUUGAUACUGACCAUUUUAACAAUAUGGUUGCUCAGAAAGCGGCAGAUUAGAUGUAUACACGAAACUGGCGGAGCUAUGCUUUAUGGUUUGAUUCUGGGUUUAAUUCUGAAAUACACUGACAGACAGUGGAACAAGAAGGCUCUGGAUGUUCAUGGCUGUGAAAGUCUAAACCACACCACACCGUCCCUGGCAGCCAACAUUACACUGGACAAUGACAGGCACAAACAUGUUGGAGAGCAGAUGGCCUUUGCCCCAGAAGUCUUCUUCAAUGUGUUUCUGCCGCCCAUCAUAUUUCAAGGAGCCUACAGCUUAAACCAGAGGCGUCUCUUCCAGAAUUCUGGCUCAGUGUUGACCUUUGCCUUUCUGGGAACGAUCAUCUCAUGUGCAGUUAUAGGGGCCACCAUGUACGGCUUUGUGAAGCUCAGCGUGCUCCUGGGUCAGACGAGAGACGGAGAUUUCCACCUGACAGACUGCCUCUUCUUUGGGGCACUGAUAUCGGCCACUGAUCCAGUGUCUGUGCUGGCCAUCUUCACUGAGCUGCGCGUGGACUCCAACCUCUACAUCCUGCUGUUCGGGGAGAGCGUGUUGAAUGACGCCGUGGCUAUCGUCCUGACCUAUGCCAUAUCGACCUACAGUCAGUCCGGGGGACAUCACACCUUCAGUGUAUCAGCUUUCUUUUUUUCCAUCGGUCACUUCAUCGCAGUGUUCAUUGGCUCUCUCUCCAUCGGCUUGUCUUUCAGCAUCAUCACUGCCUUGUUGACCAAGUUCACAAGGCUGUCAGAGUUCCCACUACUGGAGACCGGCCUAUUCUUCCUCCUCUCCUGGAGUGCCUUCCUGUCAGCUGAGGCCUGUGGGUUGACGGGCAUCGUGGCUGUGCUGUUCUGUGGGAUCGCGCAAGCUCGCUACACCUUCCACAACCUAUCCACUGAGGCCAAAACAAGAACCAAACAGCUCUUUGAAUUCUUGAACUUCCUGGGAGAAAAUUUCAUUUUCUGCUACAUGGGCCUGGCACUGUUCACAUUUCAGAAUCACAACUUCAAAGGCAUCUUCCUAUCCGGGGCUUUUCUCUCCAUCUUCCUGGCAAGGGCGUGCAACAUCUACCCUCUGACUUACCUGCUCAACAUUGGCCGCAAGGAGAAGAUCCCUGCCAAUGUCCAGCACAUGAUGAUGUUUUCAGGUUUGCGUGGAGCAGUGGCGUUUGCCUUGGCGGUGAGGGACACAUGUACCGUAGCCCGGCGGACCAUUCUGAGCACCACCCUAAUGCUGGUCUUCUUCACCGUCUGGGUGCUGGGCGGGGCCACCUCCCCCAUGCUGGCCUGGCUGGACAUCAGAGUGGGAGUUGAUCCAGAUGAAGACAAAGGGGGACAGGCCUCAGACCAGGUGAAGUCAGCAGAGAACAAUACUGGCGAGGACGGGACACCAGCGCAUGCAGCCAGCGCACCUGAAGGCCAAACCCAAGCCUCCCGCACACCAGGAGUCUGGCACAAGCUGGACAAAAAUUACCUUAGGCCUGCGCUGACCCACUCUGGCCCACCCCUGACCUCUACACUGCCAGUGUGGUGUGAGCCUCUGGGCAGACUACUGACCAGUCCGCACGCAUACGAGAAUCGGGAGCGGCUAAAUGACACGGAGGCUGACUGCAGCUCAGUGAAGCUGGACACUGCAGGGGAAGACAAAGGGGCUCCGGAGGGCGAUGCGGAGACGGUCACUGAGCCUGCACACCAAGAUGACCUACUAGAGGGGGAUCUCGGGCUAGGACAUUGUGCUGACCCUAAUUGGAAAGAGUGACAGCCUUGUUCAUGGAUCAGAGAAAUCAGGAACAGAACUGCAGUCUGCAGUUGUAGCAGAGAAAAGCAAUGUCCUGCAUCCCAGAGACCAGACAUGGGCUUGUAGGCAGAAGCCACUCACUGCUAUUUUAAAGCAAAAAAUAUAGUGGCAAGGAUAUUCCUUCAAAAUCAAAAUAAUUUAUUUGGUUGAAUUUUGCAACACUUGUUGGGGGUACUCUGAAAUUUUCCUUGAGGGUAAUUCAGUUAAAAUGAUAUUUGAUUCAAAUGAUCAAAUUCCUUUUUAAUUCAAGUGGUUGCCAAAAUGUCAAUCAACCUGUAUGUUUAUUUUGAAUUGGUUCAAUAUGUUAUGAGUUAUGUUUUCUUAGUUUAGCCAUGUAGAUAUACAGUUAAAAUGAAAAUAAUUUUCUUUCAUUAUACAAGUAUAUGCUAGAGAGCUGAAUUUCUCCAGCUUUUUCACGCUGUGCACACAUUUUCCGGUGUAAAAGAAAUAAUAAAUUAAACUCAAAAUAUCAAUAA